AUGGUCAGCCAAGCACCCAAGGUCCCUGUAUGUGCCACGUGCGGGGAAGUGGGUCAUGCCAAAAGCAGCAGUUCAUUGUGUACCAAGAAGAACCCACUCUGGAGCUCUACCUUGCCUGGCUGUGGCCCAAACGAGCAAGUCAAGGCCGACUACUCCACCGUCAAGUGCACCCUCGAUGCCAUCAUCAAGAACGAUGCCUUGCACGACAAGAUCGAGGAGACUGUCCGAGCCAUGACUCAAGUGCAGUACGAAGCAUCUCGUCUCCUGGAGCUGCAUCUCAGGCGGUGCUUGGACGAGGGCAUCACCCUCCCCACUGUGUCGUCGAGUGAACCCGCGUUUGUUCGAAAAUGCUUCAAUAUGGUGCAGACAGGAACAUACAUGGAGUGGAUCGUGUAUCCUGCCUCCAGUGUCCCUCCCAAAGGGCACUGGCUCACAGGUCCUUGGUUUGGCUGUCAAGACCUAUGCAGUCAACUGCGAGACACACGUUCUCGAUCGGUAUUGGUCUCUCCUCCGUCGAUUCUGCAACCUGGCCCUGAUUGCUCCCAAGGGAUGUGAAACGGCACACACACGUCGAUGAGUGCAUGAAGCUGAUGGAGAACCCCCUCUCCAAGACACUCCUCGGUGAUCUGAAGAAAUCCUUCGCCCACCAUGCCGAC